UUCUAUUCAAUUCACUUCUAACAAAUUAAUUUAUUUUUCAAUAAGAUCAUCACCUACGUACUUUUGGUAUUGCCGCUUUACUUCCGACCUUUGACCCCUUGGUGGUAGGUGGGAAACACGAGGUACCUGCCCUGCACCAGAAGAUGGAAGACACUUUAAACUCUGGAAUAAAUAAACUUGGGGAAUGUUAUACAACAGAUGCACCCAAGAUGUCACAUGACAAGCCAGAACAUGAAGAUACAUUCAUGAUUACUGCAGACAAAGGUUCUUUGAUUAUUGAAACAGAGAAAGAAAGCCACAAGUCUACUUCCAAUGUGGUAACAAAAAGUCAGGAAAAAGAAGUCACCAAAAACCAGUCAUCUUUAAUUGAAAAAGACAUAGUCAUGGAAACUGAAGAAGAAAGAAGAACUGCAUCUGAUCCAAGCAUAGACAGUUGUACUGAUGUAGAAAGUAAAGAUGAAACAAGUCAGCUACCGAGGACCAAGGAGAGUGGACAUUCAAAUGAUGUAGAGGUACCAGAUAACUCAACUGUCACUCAGGAAAUGACUCCGAUGAAGGUAGAUGCUUUGGACGAGAGAAGACUAUCAACUAAAACCAACACACAGCAAGAGUUAUCCAAGGACAGGACUGAGGAUAUGGAAACAGAAAAUGGUGACGCUGUUCAAGGUCUUAACCUGAAAGAGCAAGAUGUCACAGUUGUGAAAGGAACUGUAGAAGUACGGGAAGAGAAAGGAGAAAGUCUUGAAGAUAGUAAAGAAGUUGCAGAAACAUCUGAGAGUGAGAGUUCAUCUUCUGACGAAAGUGAGUCAUCAUCAGACAGUAGUGAUGAAGAUGAAGAGGAGGAGGAAGUGAAAAAUGAGAAACCAAAACAGGACCAGCCUCCACCGGCCAAGGAAGAGCUUGUUGUAACUCAGGGAACAGAGGAUGUUGCUGUUGAUAAUUUUCCGGAUAUCAUCCUUCCAGAAGAUGUGCAUGUUAAGGUGAUAGGAAAGAUAAGCUGUAUCAUUGGACAGUUAGUUGUGGUGCAGUCCUACCCUAACACACCGGCACUGGAUGCAGAAACUCUGCUCUUCAACAGUGACAGACAGUCCAUUGGUCUGGUGAACGAAACAUUUGGGCCUGUAAUACAGCCAAGCUACUCCAUACAGUUCAGCUCAGCAAAGAAAAUAGAGGCACUCGGCUUGAGUCUGCAAAAUGAGGUAUUCUUUGCCCCAGAGGUGCAAGAUUUCACCGUGUAUGUCUUCACUCAAAACCUUAUCAAACAGAAAGGAUCUGAUGCUUCUUGGAAGAACGACCAGGAACCGCCUCCAGAGUUUUUGGACUACAGUGAUGAUGAACAAGAAAAGGUGGCCAAGAAAAACAUGAAGGAGGCCAAGGGGAAGAAGCCUAAACCAAGAAAAGCAUUCAAGAGAGAUCAGGAGGUGCCAAGAACUGACAGUGGACAUCCCCCCUGUCAGAAUUAUCAAG